AUGUCCACGGAAGAUGAUCGAGUUCCAUGUCAUUUCAAGAACUUACAAUUAAAUCCAAAAGCAGCUCGUACAAUUUAUAAUAAUAUAAAUGCUAAAUUAGCAUUGACAAAAACGAUUCGAACAAUUCCAUUAGAACAAUCUGAUAUCGAGCAAACAAGCAGUUACGAUCGUAAACUAGCAUAUUUUAUACGGUUUCAUUUGUGUGAUAUUUUGACAAGUGAUCAUCGUCAAAUUUGGCUUAAUAUUCAGACAAAAGCACUUGAUGAUAUCGAAGAUCGUAGUCAAAUUUUAAAAGAAAUUCGUGAUGAAAUUCGUGUGGUUUAUAGUUUUGGAGCCAUGCUCUCAUGUGAUACUUUUAUUGGACAUAGAGAUGAACGAAAUCUUGCGAAUAUUUAUGUGCAAAAAUUUCCUAAAGCAAUUAAAUUAGAAACAACAACAUAUUUUCUAACAAUUCGAUUCAAAAACAUAGAUCCACAGAUUUUAAUCAAUCACUCUACGAAUGACAAUUCAAUUCAAAUUAUUUUCAUGCUUAAAUCCUCACCGAUCGUCGAAAAAAAAGAAGGAAAAAAAUGCAAUCACACACAACUGAUGAAACAACUUCCACUAUGUAGUGAUUUACUUGUACGAUUUUUUCCGGCUAAUGCAGCAUGGAAAUUCUUACGUAACUUACCAAUAGCUGGUUAUACUCGAAGAGCAUCUGAUGAUUUAUUUCAUAUCAAUUUUGCUUUAUUUCGUUGGCAAAAAGAUCCAAGUAAUUUUUCACCUAUAGGUAUGCCAUCAUAUCCUUCUGCUUAUGAUUCUUAUGGAAUGGAAAUGCUUUGGUCAUUGGGUUAUUUAUUUCAAGAUAAAUACAAUGCUGAUUCUCAAUUCAUAGUUGAUGUUGUACAUAAAAAAUUAUAUGAUUUAUCUUGUACAAUCUGGCGUAAUCUAAAACAGAAUCAUUGUUAUCGAAUUAGAGAUGCAUUGCAUGAGGCAACUUCAAAAACAAAUCAUAGAGCUACUGAUGAGUCAUCACACUUAAAACAAGUGGCAUUUGCAAUUAUAACACCAAAUCGUAUUGAAUAUCAACCGAUGCAAAUGACACGUUGUCAUCGAGGAUUUGAAUUAUAUUCUCCGGAGAAUUGGUUACUUGUUCGCAUACGUGAUUAUAAUGGAAUAGAUAAAAUUAAUAAUUUAGAUCUUCAAAUGCGAGUACGUUUUAGAAAUUUAAUGAUAAAAGGUAUUUUUCGCGAUAAACGUUACUUUCAAUAUUUUGGAUCAUCGGGCAGCCAAAUGAAUGAACAUGCUGGUUGGUUUCUAUCACUCCCUCAGGGAACAACUAUGGAAUCAGCACGUGUACGAAUUGGAGACCUGUCAAAAAUUCUCAAUGUAUCUACUUAUAUGGCACGAGUUGGUCUAUAUCUAACAACAUUAAAGUCACCUGGGUUAUUUAAAUCUAAAACUGAGAAAAUAGAAUACACGGCUACUAUUAUUCCAGAUAUCGAACGUAAUGAAUUUUGUUUCACUGAUGGAUGUGGUACAAUAUCUCUUGGUCUAGCGAAAAAAAUAGCGGAAAAUAUCGGAAUUCAAGUUAACGAAAAGUCGGAUAUUCCAUCGGCUUUUCAAGUUCGAAUAGCUGGAUGUAAAGGAAUGUUAUCAAUUGAUCCUAAAUCGAAAUCAAAUGAAUUCUAUAUUAAAGUUCGAAAGAGUAUGGUGAAAUUUGAAAGUGAUGAUUGGACUCUUUAUGUUGUUGAUCAUUCUCGACCUAUGCCAUUGAGUUUGAAUAAUCAAGUUAUUCGAUUAUUGAGUGAUUUGGGCAAUAGUAAUGGUGUAUUUGAAUCUAUUCAAAUGCGUUGUAUUGAUCGGAAAGAGUUUUGGCAUCCACCAGCAAAAUGUUAUUUGAAUGCAUUAGAGUCUCUGGAUCAAUCAGUAAUAAAUGAAAAUCGACAAAAAUAUAAAAAUGCAAAAAACUUUCUUAUUCGUAAUAAAAUUCCAUUGCCUGUAAAUGAGGCUCGAUGUCUGUUCGGCAUAGCCGAUGAAACUAGUACAUUAAAACCAGGAGAAUGUUUCAUUCAGUAUCGCAGCCUCGAGAAUUCGUCUACUUCCGAAAAAUAUAUUGUACAUACAGGUACUGUAUUAGUUACUAAAAAUCCAUGUCUUCAUCCAGGAGACAUCCGUAAACUUAAAGCUGUAUAUGUACCAAAACUUCAGUCUUGUAUACGCGAUUGUAUUGUAUUUUCUACUAAUGGCUAUCGACCUAGUUUCAAUGAGAUGGCUGGAGCUGAUCUUGAUGGUGAUCAGUAUUGGGUUUAUUGGGGUGAUGAGUUUUAUAUCGAAGAAGUUGUUAAACCAUUAUUGUAUCCAUCGGCAAAGAAAUCUUGUGUCAAUCAAAUAACAAAUGAACUCAUAGUAGAUCAUGUGCUUGAUACAUUCACAGAUACAGCUCCCGGUAUUAUUGCUAAUACACAUUCGGUGAUUGCCGACAAACAUCUCGAUGGUACACUUUCGAAAGAAUGUGAAGAAUGUGCUCUGCUCUUCGCCCGAGCAAUUGAUGCGCGCAAAACUGGUGAAAAUAUUAAUUUAACGUCCAUUAUGCGACUUAGAGACAAGUAUUGCCAAACAUACCCAGAGUGGAUGAUGAAAUUUGACAAACCAAAGAUGGAUCCACCGAGCAAGUCGAUUAAUGAAAUUCUCUAUCGAAAAGCUCAAGAUGCAUGGAUACAUUCAGACAACUAUAGCGACACUCUGCGAUAUUUUCCGGUUGUUCAAAAUCCAAUAAAUGAAAUAACAAUUGAUAUAAAUGAACAAGAUACAGCUCUAGAACAAGAACAAAUUGAAACCAAGACAGGAUACUGCCGUAAAUUGUGUUGUGUAAUUGUAGUCAUAUUCGUAAUAGUCGUUGUAGUUUUAGUAAUAAUGGAAAAACAAAAACAAUGA